GCCUCACAAACAGGAACUAAGAGACUAAAAGAGUCAGGUAACCAGAAACCGCUCCUUCAUUGUAUGCACGAAACGCAUGAAGUGCGUCGCGGUGAGAGAAGCACAAAGUUUGCAGUGGAUGUUUGAACUUUAUUUCUUUUACUUUAUGUCAUUUUUAUGUCGCUUGGCAGCAGUUUCGAACUAACCGAUUUUCAACUAACGUUGAAUUAGAGCCAUAUUCUUCCUUGGCUCUUGGCGAAGCUCCUCAGGUGUUUUGUUCUUACAGCAGAAGACGCGCUAAAGUUUGCUGUUUUCGUCCAUUCGGCGUAGACAUUCGAUGCAAACUCCUGCCUACACUUGAACUAUAUUAGUUCCGCUUUCCGUUUGUUUGUAUAUAAACACUUCAUUACCUAUUCAGAAGGACUUACGGACCAGUGCAUCAGGCACCAUUGAAGUCCACUACGUGGAGAUAAUUCCUGUAAUGUUUCCUCAAAAAACAUAAUUUCUUCACGAAGGCAUGAACAUCUUGGAUGACAACGGGGUCCAGGAUGGAACAUGAAGCAGAGAAGUACCAGCAGCGGCUGAAAGCUAUAGCGGAGAAACGGCGGUUACAGGAGGAACAGGAGCGAGCCAAGAGAGAGAUUGAGGAUGAGAGACUGAGACUUCAGCAGCUCAAGAGGAAGUCCCUUAGAGACCAGUGGCUGAUGGAAGGACCUCCUACAUCUCCUGAUAGUGCGGGACCUCGAUCGCCCCUCUGGGGCUCUAAGGCUCAGGAGAUAGAGACAAAUAUUAACAAAUUACAGGAGACAUCUGAGCAGUUGGCAGAAGAAGAACUGAAACUGAAGAAACUCAUUGAAGACGGUUCCAGUGAAUCUGGCACAGAUGCUGAGACACACCAUAAAGGAGAGGCCGUGGUGGAGCCAGUGGGAGCAGAAGUUGUUGAGACAGCCCCCAAUGGACCUAUCGUGGAGAACGGAAAAGAAGAAAAGAAAGAUGAUUCUGUGCAUGUUGAGAAUCAUGAAGUGGAAGAAGCAGAACCAGUUACUGAUGUUGAGACAGAAACAGAGACCACAGCAACUUCAGUUGUUCUUAAUGGAAAUGUGGAAGGAGAAUCAUCAUACAAUACUCCACAAGAGGACGAAAAUGCUUCUGCUAACGGCUUCAACAGCCACCCUGCUGAAGGACUAGGUGCUGGUGGCGUAACUAUGACCUUCCUUGGCUUCAAGGAGGCGGAGCCUGGGCAGGGAGUGAAUGAGGAUGAUGACGCUGGAGAAAUUAUCCGAGCACAAAGAGUCAUCAUCACAGACGAAGGGGAGGAAAUCCCAGAGGAGGAUGAUGAAACUCCUCAAGAACCUACUGCAGACGCUACAAAUGAAGACACUUCUGAAGAAACACAGGAAAAUGGUGCUGAGGAGAAGAUGGAGAACCAUCCUCCGGAAGCUUCUGCUGAACCAGAGCAAGCAGAAGUGAAUGAAGAUCCUCCUGCUGAGGAGACUGUAGCAACAGAUGUAGAAGUGGAAGGCGAAACACAAGAUCUUCAAGAUCUUGAGAAAGAGGAGAAAGAUCUUCCCGACUCCACUGAUACAGUCGAACCCCAGAAUGUGAUAGUAGAUGGUGCUAUUGAGGCAUCAGAGGUUCCAGUGUAUUCCACAACACAACCAUCUCCAAACAUCAGGCCGAAAGAUGAGGCGAACACAACAGAAUCUCAAACCCCAAAAGACGAGGAGAUCACACCCCCCACACGCCUCUCGCUCAGCCAAUUUCAAGAGGUUCCACUGGAUGGCACUGGAGAAACGGCAGAAUCCAAGGCAGAAACAGAGAAACAGCAAGCUGAACAAGAGCCUCUACUUGUCUCCAAAACAGCAGCUCAGCUGGAUACCAGCGCCGCAAAUCGAGCAGAGGACGCAGGUGCACCAAAACGAAAAACCUGCCAAUGCUGUUCGAUCAUGUGAACAAUCUGCUGACGUUUGACUUAUCUUCCAUACUUUAUCAUCUCGACUGUUACUCUGAAUAUAGAGUUUGUAUUUCAUAACAUCAUAUUUUGAUCUUCAGCUGUUCACAUCCACAGUAGACUUGCUGCUUUGCAGUGGCAUCAAAGCACAAAGUGUUUAUAAUGAGCUGAAGCCUUAAAGACUUCAUCGCAUUCACUGAAUUGGAUUUCCAAAACUCGUAUCUGUGUAAAAAGAAGCUUUGAAAAGCACAUUGCCUUGCAGGAAUGGACUGGAAAAGGCUUCAGUGUGCAUGUUGUUGUUGAUGUGUCACCAUUGGUUGCAUUCCCAGCCUCUGGUGUCUGAUUAUGAUCCUGUUUUUAUGUCUGGCGACUCUAGAGUGUUGGCUGCCGACCCACAGAGGCCUUGACGGUUUUAACACUACCAUAUAAAAAUAUUUUGUUUUUCUCAGCGCCGUGGGAAUUGACCCACGUGGGCAAUUAAUAAUUCUCAAACUGCAAUAGUUGUGGCGUUCUCAAUUGUAAACCAUUUGUGUGCCUUCAUUAUCAAUCAAAACAAAGAGACGGAAUGGUUACCUGUGAUUUUAUACAUGCAGUAACAUCUUCAGAGUUUUUUUCUUUUUUUUAUUGCUGAUGUGAACUGAGUUUCAGUUUGAUUGCUUUUAUUGUUACAGUGCCUUCAACUACCCGACAGAAGUGUUUUUAGACCUUAAAGGCAUAGUUCCCCCAAAAUUGACAUGUCUGUGAUGAAAAUCACUUCAUGUUGUUCUAAAGAAAAGUGUUUUUCUUCUGCAGAACACAAAAGAUAUUUUGAAGAGUUCCAAAACAGCUUUUUAUGAUUAAAAAAGAGAUAUUUUUGUCCUGUAGAAGAAAGAAACGUAUACAUGUUUUGAAUGGCAUGAGGGUGAGUAAAUGAUGAUUUCAUUUUUAGGUGAACUAUCCCUUUAAUGUGUCACUAUGAACAGUACUUAAUAUACUUCUGACCAGUAUACAGUAUACAGCAUAAACUGCUUUAUCAAUAUUAGCAAUUUUAGGUUCAUUCUUCAACUGACAUUUCUAUAAGGACUGCUCCUUUUGUCUUUUGUUAAUGUUGUUUCAGUUGUGCGUGACAGCGAUUUAAAAUUCAUACCAUCAUGUGUAAUCAAUGCUAUUCAAAGUUUUCAGUUGGAUUCAGGAACAUGUUUUUUUUCAGAGUAGGAAGUUUGAUGUAAAUUCUCAGUGCCUUAACUGAGUGCCUGUUUGUACAGUUUAAAUAAAGAGCUGAAUGAGAAACGGCGA